CCUACACGAAUUCUCCCGAACGAACGAACUAAUAUUAAACGACAGCUGUAAAGCCAUUGCUGAAUUUUCCUGUUCUUUCAACAAGAAUCAAGUUUAUACGUGUUUAAUUUUUUAUUAUUUUUAUAUAUUGUAAGUUUCUUCAUUUUAUCGACGAGGCUUAAUCAAUAUACAAUGAAGCACGUUGUUCUUGGAUCCUUUUUUAUCACACUAUGGUUACUCGUAAUUAGUGAACAAACUCAAGAGGCUAUCACGUCCCCAUCAACUUUUGAUGAUAAUAUAAUCUCCAUAUCGUUAUUGAAUUAUCGAGAAAACGAAGCAGUUAAAAAAAGGAUAACGUUAGUUCCUACAAGUAAUUAUACGAUAAAUAUUAUCGAUAUACCACCUAUCGUUUCAUUUCUUAUCUUUCAAGUUCACACAUAUCAAUAUAAUAUUACUCUUUCGUAUGAUAAAUUAAAUCUUAAUAAGGUGUCAAACAGAAGUCUAUUUGGAUCUAACGUCGGUUUAUAUAUCGUACCAAAGAAAAAAGAAUCGACGUUUUUCAUUAAAAAUGAUAACGUUCGAAAGAUUGAAACUCUGUUGGCAGUCGUUCCUUAUAUCAAACAAGCACCAGUACCAGGCGGCUGUAACAUGGAAUUCAAUAUCGAAGUAGCACCAUAUCAAAAGCUAUUCGUAAACGAUUCGAUCGUUAUCCUGGAUUCACAGUCUGCCUCUUUACCACUCACGAGCAACGAAAUCGAGAGACGCUGUAUUUUUCCAGAGACAUAUCACUUUUUCCUAACCAAACAUGACUAUUCCAUAGAGAGUUACUUCAAUGCUAUUAGCAGUAUGCUCACCGUCACGGAUAUUCUUCGUAAUGGUAAAAAGAUACCAGCACCGAGCAUAUCUCCGUUAAGACGAAUCUACAGCCGUAAUAAUGGCAUGGGGGUCGUCUACGCGGCUGUAGUUUCCUAUGGAAAUGAUUAUUCAGCUUACGUACCAACUUUCACCUACGGAUUCAACUAUGCUCUCUAUCCUGAGGAUGAUCAAUUUUUAAAUGAUAUGCUAUCGAAGUUAUUGUGCAUUCUAAUGUUUAUUGCUGGUCUCUUAUGCAUCCUUAAAGGACAUAAAAUGAUCACCAUGGAGUUCGUCGUGUAUACAACAUUCUUUGGUGGCAUAAUUAGUUACAUCGUAAUUAAAUCUUUUGCAUCAUAUGAUAUCGCAACAAAUAUUAAAAUAAGCAUGGGCGGAAGUUUCUUUUUUUUUCUCGUGGGCGUUAUUUCCUGUUUCAUGAAAAUAUAUAUAAUAGUCUUUCUUUCUAGACUUUUUUUCGGAUUUCUCUGCAGUUCGAUCUUCUAUUUCAGUGUAAAAGAAUCUCUAGGAAUUUUGGAGAACGAUUGGAUGUUCUGGUCGAUUUAUUUGUUCAUCGCGCUCAUCGUCAUGAUUAUUCUAAUCUCGACGUCCUGGUUUGGUCUUCUUUUGACAUGCGCUGUUCUCGGAGGAUUCAUGAUAGUCUUAUCGAUCGCUUAUUUUGCGAAUACAAAUUUUGUCUACAUCAUUAUCAACGUUAUCAGACGCCUGACCGUAUCUUUGUUUAAUUAUGCGAUCGUUAGUUAUCCGUUACAGAGCGCAGACAUAAGCUUGAUCGUGUUAUGGGUUUUAUUGGCCAUAAUUCGUAUCUACAAUGACAACGUUUUUGGACGUUUGUACACGAAAAUGUAUCGAUAUGACUUGAAAAAUAUAUCGGAUCAGACGCCAUUGUUAGAUAAAUAACUUUAUAAACGGAUUUAUUUCGACGAGUGAAUGCAAAGGCACUAUACCAUUGAAAAGCAAGCUACCAUUGACUUUCCUAUCAUUUGUUUUUCCUUUUUAUUUUCAUUUCUAAGAUAAAUUAACUUAUCUUAAUUCUUUCAUUUCUUUUUUUGUCAUUAGAUACGUUAUGUUACUUAGAAAGAUAGUUAUACAUUUUAUAAUAUAUGUACAAAUAUCUAUCGAUGAUUUUGUUUUUUUUUUUUUUUUUAUAUUUUUUACGAGUAGAAAAAAAGAAUUAUAUGCCUGCUCAUUUAUUUUGAUUAGCAAUUGAAUAAAUAUAUUUGGUUUUGUAAUUUUGUUUAGGUUUCUUAUUAACGAAAUAUGAUAUUAUAUCACUUACCUACAAUUUUACAUUAAAAGGUUAAUGUGAUAAACGAUCGAGAUGCAAAAUACGUUAUUGUGUUAUCGCAAUAUAUUUAUACGAAAAACGAUGAUAUCGCAAACAAAUGUGAUCAAAACAAAUAUAUAUGUUUAUGUCA